UUUUUAAAAUCUUUAAAUUAUUUAUUUUCAUCAAAAUGCCAUUCCCAAAAAAGAAUACAAGUGUUCCUGUUCAUUUGGAUCAACAUUCACCUAUAGAAACAAGCUCUAAUCAACAACAACAGCCUGAAAAUAAUAUUAAUUCCCCUUUAAAUAAUUCAAGUUUUUUAAAUAAUACACAAACAACGCCUAAUAAUCCACAACAAUUAGGACCUAUUCGGACUACCUAUAUUAAUCAGCAAGAAUUUGAUCAACUUUUUCAAUUUAUUCCACCAAAAAGGUUUAGUUGGCAAUUGUUCACUCGAAAAUUUUUUUCUGAUUAUUUUCAAUGUUUUUGCUCAUUUUCUGAUUUAUUCCAUUUUUUUCUUUCUUUUCUUCCAAUAUUUGGAUGGUUACCUUCUUACAAUUUUAAAGAAAAUUUGGCUGGGGAUUUUAUUGCUGGUAUUACUGUUGGAGUUGUUCACGUUCCACAAGCCAUUGCUUAUGCAAUAUUGGCAGGGUUAGAACCAGUUUAUGGGCUUUACACUUCUUUCUUUUCUGUUUUGUUUUAUGCUAUUUUUGGUACUUCAAGACACGUUUCUAUUGGCCCCUUUGCUAUAUUAGCCUUAAUGACUGGAAUUUCCUGUAGAGAUAUUUAUGCUCAAUUUGAUAAAGAAUUUUUUGAAGCAGAAAUAAAAUUAUUAGAUGAUGCUAGUCAUAAUAAAAUUGGAGAAGAAAAUAAUUUUUUAACUUUGACAAAUAUGACAAAAUUAAUUCCGAGAGUUGAAGUUGGAUAUAGUGAAUUAGUUCAGGUAGUAGAGUUUUUGAAUUUAAUGUGUUUUCUUGUUGUGUUGUGUUUUUAUUUGUGUUUUUCUCCCUUGUUUUGUGUUUUAUUCUGUUUUUGUUGUGUUCUGUUUUUGUGCUUUGUUUUUGUGUUUUUGUUGUUGUGUUUUUCUGUUUUAUUAUUUUAUUCUGUUUUUCAUGUUCGUCUUGUUAAAUGUGUUUUUGUUGUUACAAUAACUUUAACUGCCGGUUUAAUUCAAUUUGCAAUGGCUAUACUUCGAGUAGAAUUUCUAGCUUCAUAUUUAUCAGAUCAAUUAGUUAAUGGAUUUUGUACAGGCGCUGCAGUCCAUGUAGUUGGUGUUCAAUUAGGCAAAUUACUUCAAUUAAAUUUGGGGCAAGUUGGAGGGCCUGGAUAUUUGUAUAUUGUGAGGAUUUUUGAUUUUAUAUCACGAAAUAUUUUUCAAAAAUUUUUCUCCACUUUCCUACAGAUAUUUCUCAAUCUCAUUCGAAAAUUGCCACAAGUCAACUUAAUUGUUCUAUUCCUAUCAAUAUUUGGUUUUGCAUUUCUUUAUUUGGGAAAAGACGUUUUUAGCCCUAAAUUUGGAUAUCUAAUACCUUUCGUUAUUCCUUUUGAACUUUUGCUUGUAAUACUAGCUACAGCUGUUUCUUCUUUUGCCAAUUUACGAGACAAUUUUAAUGUGACAGUUUUGAAUUUUGUUCCAACUGGUUUGCCAGAAGCUCGUCUCCCUCGUCUAGAUUUAUUACCCUAUGUUUUUGGCGAUGCUUUAGAAAUUGCUUUUGUUUCAGUUGCUUUACAUUUAUCUAUGUGUAAAGUUUUUAAUAGAAGAAUGGGUACAAAAACUGAUAAUAAUGUGGAAUUAUAUGCUUUGGGACUCGUAGAUUCACUUUCAUCAUUUUAUACCGCCUAUCCAGUAACAAGCGUUUUAGGGCGUUCUAUGCUUAAUGUUGAAUGUGGAGCUAAAACACAAUUUUCUGGAUUAAUUACCGGCCUUCUUUUACUUGUAGUAAUUCUUUGGUUAGGCCCAAUACUUUCUUCUUUACCUGUUUGCAUUUUGGCUGUAAUAAUUAUUUUUUCAAUGAAAUGUGCUUUUGAAAAAAUUCCUAGAGAAUUUUUACAUUUAUGGAGGGUCUCUAAAAUUGAUUUUUUAAUUUGGAUUGUAACAAUAUUUGCCACAAUACUUCUCAAUGUCAUGCAGGGCCUAGCUUUAGCAGUUACCUUUGCUCUAUUAACAACAAUAUUUAGAAUUCAAUGGCCUCGAUGGCAUUUACUUUCUAAUUUAACUGGAACAGAAAAUUAUAGAGAUUCUGGUAGAUAUAAAAGGUUUACACCUUUUGGACAUGGAAUUAAAAUUUUUAGAUUUGAUGCUCCGUUGGUGAGCAAUUUUUUGAAAUUUAAAAAAAAAAAAAUCAAAAAUUUUGAAAAAAAUUUUUUUUCAAAAAUUAAAAAAAAAUUUUCUACAAUUAAAUUCCCUCAAGUUUUUCAGCUUUUUACAAAUGUUGACCAUUUUGCCAAAUCGGCAAUAACAGCAAUUCUUACAGAAUCUCCUUCAAUUCCCAGCAAUAAUAAUAAUAUUACUAUUAAUGGUUCAAGCUGUGAUAAAAAUUUAUUUAGAAUUAAUGGAAUUCAAAAAAGUGAUAAAAUAAAGAAAUUCGAUUUGAAUACACAUUCCUUGUUGGAAAGAAGAAUAAAAUCAAGUGGUGUUAAAAGCCUUAUAGUUGACUGUACAGGAUUUACUUUUGUAGAUUAUACAAGUAUUAAUGCUUUAGCUGAUUUAUAUCAUCAACUUUGUGAAUUAAAUAUUAAUGUACUCUUUGCUGGUGCAAAGGCUCCAGUUCGCGAUAUGUUGGAAUCUUGUAAUUUUUUCAAUUCUGUUCCAAAAGAGCAAUUUUACCCAACAAUACAUGAUGCUGUUUUGGCAGCUUCUAAUAAAAAAAAAUGGCAAAAAAGACGAAGAGGUUUUCACUCAGAAUUAUCGCUGAAAAAAAUAUCUGGAGGAGGAGGGGGAGGAAUUCAAGACGAUACAAAUUCUUUGUGUGUAGGAGCAAAUGAACUUCAUCAAUGGUCAUUUAAACAAUCUACAGAUACACACAUAAUUAUUAAAGAAGAGGAGGAAGAGGAAGAAUUGAAAGAAGAGGAAAGGGAAGAAAAUAGAUUUGUUGUUGAGUUUGGAUUGGGAACUUUGGAAAAUUUAAAUAAUAGUGAAGAAAAUAAAUAA